UGUGCGCCGUGUUUACUGUUUACCAAAGGUCCAAGGUCCGCUGCCACUACCCGACACCACUGACUCACCCGAGCAACAAUAUUAAUAUUAAUAAAAUAUUAUAUUGUCCUAGGUCAACGUCGAAAUCUCUCGACGACCGGCACCAGUGCACAACUGUUCCCGACUUACAGUACAGUAAUCCGAAGACGCCAUUAUCGUUUUUUUUAACGUUGUUUGACCGGAGUACAGAAUUUUUUCCGGAAAUAUCGUCGAACAAUGGCCAUGCAGUUUAAAAUCGACAGCAACAACCACGUUGGCCAGGUGCUGAAGAUCGACAACACGUUAACAGCCAUUGGAUACGAGAACAACCACGAAUUGAGGAACAAUUUACGAUUGAUAAUUGACGAGAUUGGAAAAAGUUCAGCCAUUGCUCAACAUUUAGAGACUCCGAUUACCAGUGCAGAAAAGCUUAUUAAUUCUGAUCAUGUUAUUUACAUGAUGACCGAACAAAAUACACCGGCUAAUUUUGCUGUUAUUGGAUUUUUGAAGAUGGGAUGGAAAAAGUUGUUCAUUUACAACAAACAAGAUACCUGUUCUGAAACCUUGGUUUAUUGUAUGUUGGAUUUUUACAUCUAUGAGUCUAAACAGCGUCAAGGUUAUGGAAAACGAUUAAUUGAAUAUAUGUUACAGGCACAUUCACGGCGUUGCAAUGAACUUUCUCAGCCAAAAACCCGACAGCAAAUGUAG